AUGUUGUUUUCUCCGGUGACCAACACCGGCACCAUUGUUCUACGCCGCUGUACUCUCCUUCCUCCCCGUCUCCGUCGUCUAUUUCCAUCUCUCAGAUUCUUCGCCUCACUUCCAUCUCCAAUGGACAUCAACAACAACGUAUACAAUAAUACCAAUUCCUAUGCUCGCGCCACUCCAAGCUCUGGCAAUGGCAGAGGAAGGGCUUUUGAUACAAGAAAUGAUAGAGAAAGAACAAGAGGACGGGGUGGUGGUGGUGGUGGUCCGAGUGGCUCGGGAAAGGAUAAAAUUGAUGCUCUUGGUAGGCUCUUGACACGGAUUUUACGUCAUAUGGCAUCUGAAUUGAAAUUGAAUAUGAGGAGUGAUGGUUAUGUGAAUGUUAAUGAUUUGCUAAAGCUGAAUUUGAAGACUUUAGCUAAUAUUCCUCUACGAUCUCACACUAUUGAUGACAUUAGGGAGGCUGUUCGAAAAGAUAAUAAGCAACGUUUCAGCCUCUUAGAAGAGAAUGGGGAGCUACUAAUACGUGCAAACCAAGGCCACACAACAACGGCUGUCGAAACUGAAAGCUUAUUGAAACCAAUCCUUUCAGCUGAAGAAUUUCCAGUUUGCGUGCAUGGAACUUAUAGAAGGAAUUUAGAGUCAAUUCUAUCAUCUGGUCUGAAACGCAUGAAGAGAUUGCAUGUUCAUUUCUCUUGUGGUUUACCAACAGAUGGAGAAGUAAUAAGUGGUAUGAGGCGAGAUGUCAAUGUUCUGAUAUUUCUUGAUGUCAGAAAAGCAUUGGAGGAAGGUAUAAAGUUGUACAUUUCUGACAACAAGGUGAUCUUGACAGAAGGUUUUGAUGGUGUUGUUCCAUCUAAGUAUUUCCAGAAGAUAGAAUCAUGGCCGGAAAGAAAGCCUAUUCCUUUUUAA